AUGCACCUCUCUGUCUUCUUCCUUUUCUCACCAGAAAAACUUGACCCACGAAGCUUCAUCAUCUUUGCCUCUUCCCCUCUCCGAUUAGAGCUCUCGAUCCUUUACUCACCGAUGGUGGUUCAAGCGAGGAAAAUGAUGAAUCUGGAACCCUCGCUUGUUUUUUGCAUUCAGAAUUUUCAUGAGGUUUUGGUUUUCAACAUUUUGAUUUUGAUUUUGUUCAAUUUUGAUUACAAGAAGCUAGCACCAUUGUUGGAAGAUGUCGGAGACGAUGAUUUUUACAUCACUUUUGCUUACCUGGGCUCCGAUGUUACAUAUUUCUUUUGUAACUUUGGUUUUGUUCUUAUUGUGGCCGAUGGAGGUAACCGGAGGAUAGUAGCAGUGGUGGCCGGAGGUUGUUUUCAGAUGGAUGGACAUAAGGAGGGGUGGGGUGGGGUGGGGGCAGGGGGAUGA